AUGGCUGACGCGACAGCCCCUCGCCAAUACGUCCCCCUGACCUGCCAUGGCCAUUCACGGCCAGUCCCCCACUUGAGCUUCUCUCCGCUCGAGAAGGAAGAUGUGUACUAUAUGAUCUCAGCAUGCAAAGAUGGCAACCCGAUGCUCCGCGACGGUCAGACAGGCGACUGGAUUGGGACUUUCCUCGGCCACAAGGGCGCUGUGUGGCAAGCAAGACUGAGCCCCGACGCUACGACCGCUGCAACGGCAUCGGCCGACUUUACUGCAAAGAUCUGGGACACCCACACUGGAGAGCUGCUGUACGUCCUGCAACAUGAUCAUAUCGUCCGGGCCAUCGCCUACCCAUAUGACCAAUCCGGCAUGAUUGCGACUGGCGGUUUCGAAAAGAAGCUUCGGAUUUUCGACUUGCAGGACCAGCAGCCUCCUGGGGAGCAGUCGUCGGCGAACUCUAAUGUUGUCAACCCAACUACUGUCGAGGCUUCGCGGGCGUUCGAGAUCGGCGAGGGUGUGCACAAGGAAGCCAUCAAGUUCAUCGUCUGGGCUAAGGAUCCUCGUGUCAUCAUCACCGCAUCGGGUGACACCCUUCGUUGGUUCGAUCUGCCCACUAGGCGUUGUGUCCGCGAGGUGAGGCUCGAGGGCGAGAUCAAGUCGUGUGAGCUUGUGUCCCUCGCUUCCACGCACAGCGCGCCGACAGACAUUGGUGGCGGCCUUCCUGUCCUGGCAGUGGCUGCGGGGAAGACGGCAUACUUUUGGGGCGGUUUGAGGGCCGAGGACGAACUGAAGCAAAUCAAGCUGCCUCACGGAAUUGCGAGUGUGGGCCUUGAUCUCAAAGGCAGGAAGUUUGUGGUCGGAGAGGAACCAGGCACUUGGGCCCGAGUCUACAGCUGGGAUGAUACGAAGGAGCUUGACGUGCACAAGGGCCACCACGGCCCAAUUUGGUCUAUCGCCUUUUCGCCGGACGGAAACUUGUACGCCACGGGGUCGGAGGAUGGUACCAUCAAGAUGUGGAAGAACUGUGAAGGGUUUUACGGGCUCUGGCGAGGGGGCGUGUCGGUUAAUGGCACAGACUAG